AAAAUUUAAGUAUUAUCGAUUCUAAUCAUAUCGAUUAGGUUCCUUCUGAAAACUUUUAUAUCCUAUCAACUAGGCUGAUAAUGGAAGUCAGUUGCAGGCGAGGCAUAUAAAUUAAUUAUAUUAUAUUUACAUUUUUCUGUUAUUUUUCUUGAAAUGAAUAAAUAACAUUGCAUUCCAUUGCAGAAUGAAAUACCUUUGAAUGAUACUUAUGUAUUAAGCUGCAUAAGUUUCUUUCUUCGACCUUGUUUUCCAUAUUUCCAUAAUGGCGUAGCAAUGGUGAAUCGUACAUAUUAUUAAACUUCAGUAAGACGUAUGAUGUCUGCAAAAACAAACAAACGUCGAGAAGAAACGAGUUGCGCCCAUUUUAAUAAAACUUGGAUGUUGGGAUUGGGUAACCUACAAACGAUCCCAGCUAAUUUGCCAUUGCAGUAUUCUCCACCCCCAUCUCUAAUCAGUCCUUUACCGAGUCCUAUUCUAAAGUAUUCUGUAUCAUGCAGUCCUUCACCUGCCUCUGGCAGUGGGAGCAGCGUUGGAGGUACCAGUCCAGGUAGUACAUCUGAUCCAAACUGGCAAUCUAACCACGCUAGUGUCAGGGAACGUAAUGCUGCUAUGUUCAACAACGAAUUGAUGAGUGAUGUUCACUUCCUUGUGGGUCCUAAGGGUAGUGCUCAAAAAAUACCUGCUCACAAGUACGUGCUUGCUACAGGAAGUUCUGUUUUCUAUGCAAUGUUCUUCGGAGGCUUAGCCGACAAUGAAUCCGAGAUUGAAAUUCCGGAUGUGGAACCUGCUGCCUUCUUGACACUUUUGAGGUUCCUUUACUGUGAUGAUAUUAACUUAGAAGCUGAUACUGUCUUGUCCACUUUGUAUGUUGCAAAAAAGUACUUAGUGCCUCACUUGGCUCGUGCAUGUGUUGCUUAUUUAGAAACCAGUCUGACAGCUAAAAACGCUUGUGUGCUACUGAGUCAGAGUCGUCUUUUUGAAGAGCCCGAUUUGAUGCAAAGAUGCUGGGAAGUGAUAGAUGCUCAAGCUGAACUUGCCUUUGCUUCAGAGGGCUUUGCAGACAUUGACUACACUACACUCGAGUCUAUAUUAUCUCGAGAAACUCUGAUGAUUAAAGAGUUUGCUUUAUUUCAAGCUGCCCUCAACUGGUCGACAGCAGAAUGCCUUCGUCAAGAUCUGGAACCAAGUGUAGAGAAUAAAAGACGUGUUUUAGGUAAUGCCAUGCACUUAAUUAGAAUCCCAACAAUGUCCCUUGAAGAAUAUGCCAAUGGUGCUGCCCAAUCUGGUUUGCUCACUUUACAGGAAACAAAAGAUAUCUUCUUGCAUUACACAGCUAAUAAUAAGCCUGUUUUGCCUUUCCCCAUCAAACCGCGUGUUGGCUUGAAGACGCAAGUCUGUCAUCGUUUUCAGUCAUCUGCUUACAGAAGUAACCAGUGGAGAUAUCGCGGUAGAUGCGACAGCAUUCAGUUUUCUGUAGAUAAACGCAUUUUCAUUGUUGGUUUCGGAUUGUAUGGAUCCAGCAAUGGUGCUGCCGAUUAUACUGUGAAAAUUGAGCUAAAGCGAAUGGGAAAGGUUUUAGCCGAAAACAAGACCAAUUUUUAUUCCGAUGGGUCUAGUAAUACUUUUCACGUAUACUUUGAGCACCCAAUACUAGUGGAAGCAGACACCUAUUACACUGCAUCAACAAUUCUUGAUGGUGCAGAGUUAAGUUACUUUGGCCAGGAUGGUGUAAGUGAGAUGACUGUUGGGUGCAUAACUUUUCAGUUUCAGUGCUCGUCUGACAGCACUAAUGGUACUGGAGUGCAAGGUGGCCAAAUACCAGAGCUAAUAUUUUAUGGUCCCAGUCAAGAUACAUGACUCGAAAUGAAACAUAUUUUUAGCGGUUUUCGUAAGACUGCAUCCUCAUUUGUCGUUGAUCCAUAUUCAUGUUUUUUCUCUGUCCUUUACUCUUGUAUGAAACGAAUGUUUAUGUCUUAAAAUAUUUUGUUUUGUCAGGGAUGCACAGCUAAAUAUUUAGAUAGUGGGCUACAGAAUAUCUUGUUCAAUGCAAACAACUGUAAUUAUAGUAAUUGCUGACAUUUUCAGUCUGUUUGAAAAUGAUACAUAUAGAUAAUUGAUUUUAUACCCUGGUGUAGAUAAUAAAAAUUAAUAUUAAUGAAUAAUAAUUAUUUCAAAUAAAUCUAAACAGAUAGAAUUAUUAUAUAAAUUUAUUUUAUGGAAUGUAAGAAAAGUAAUUUCGUUUGUCAAAAAAUACUAAUCCAUUUUAAAAUAAUUCUUCAUUUUUACGAAUUUAAUCAAGAAACAAAGCUUAAAACUAACCCAAUAUCAGACAUGAGGAUUCUGAUCAAAUAUUUGAAACUAUAAUAUUUUAUAUGCUUAUCUUUUAUAUUUUUAGAGUAAUCUUUUCAUUUUUAGUACAAAUUGGUUAGUAAUUGUGUGUAUUUUACCACAAGCAGUGAUGCCAUUGUCGUAAACAAAAUUUGCAUGACAAAAUGUCUCAUACUCUGAGGAAGGCUAAACUGGAUCAGUAACUGAAAUAACUACCUUGGCUAAAAAAAUAUAUAUUUUUAUUCUUCAUAUUUUUAUUAACAUAGUGCAAGGAGCAAGUCAAAAGAUUCCAAUGCUGUUUUUUGCCCACGGGUGUGCAUCCUGGUGUUCAUCUUCCUAAAUAUAUGUAGGUUGUGUAAUUGCUGUGUGAAUUAUCUUUUAUUUAAAAUGACUGAAAGGAUGUUUCCAACUAUGUGUUCACUUUUUUUUCCUAGUUAAAUUAGGGUGUUUUUUUUUCCUUGUUAAAUUAGGGUGUUUUUUUUUCUUUGUUAAUUGCUUUCUAUGUAUUGUAAUGUAUGCCUAAUAUUGCUUUAUUAAAAAGUGAUUUUGAUUUUUUGAAAACCUUUCAAAGCCUUUUCUUUAACUGAAAAAUUUGUAAUUACCAAAAUUUAAGUUGUUUGUUUUUUAAAUUAAUAGUUGUUGAAGUGUCAGUAAAAUUUUCUUUUUCUAUAGUAAAAUACAUUUUGCAAUUGGAAAAUUGAAAUCUAUUUGUGCAAAAUUUCAACUUAAAAACAAUUUAAAUUUUCUAAGUAUUGUAUAGUUUUAGAGAGGCCAAUAUAUUAAAUAUCUCUUUCAAUUAAAAAAAAAAAAAUUCAUCUGUCUUACGUGACAUUUUUAGUUUUACACGUAAUGUUAGAUAUUUUUUAUUGAAUUGCUGAGAAAAAAUUAUAGUUAAGUAUUGUUGAGUAUGUAAAUGGUAUUUUACUUGGCAUUUAUUAUUGUAUAAUAUAGUUUUUUUAUUUUUUGUCAUUUAAAUAUUUAUAGUUGACAGUUAAUUUUUAUCUUGAUAACUUUUGCAUUGUAAUUAAAAAGUUAAUCAUUUUGACUUAUAUAAAUUUAUUUAACUGAAAUUACUAUUUUCUCAACAUUUUAAGUAGUUUUGAAUUGACUUCAAAACUAUUGUAAUAAGCUUUUUUAAACUCAAAUUAAGCUUUUAGGGUGUUAAAAAAAAUAAUAUUCAUUAAUAGAUUGAGAUUGAAUAAAAUAAUUUUUUUUUCUUUCUAUUUAUAACAAUUUAAAGAUGUAAACAAGUUUUUUCUUAGAAUGAUCUAAGUAUGAUAAAAUUUAAAAAAUAUUAAUCUAAUAGUUAAUAAUAUUGAAUGUUUUUGAGAUUAUUUAAUAAUUAGAACAUCAAUUUACAAAAACCUGAGGGGUUUACCUCAGGUUUUUUGUGACAUAAUUGUAAAUAUCUGUAUUUGACAGAGAGUGGUAUUAAAAGGUCAAAUAUACUUUUAAGUGUACCUUUAAUGUCAUCUGCAAUAAAUUAUAUUUUUAAAAUCUCUAUGUUUGUAAAAGCUAAGUUAACAGAUUUUAAAUCUCAGAGUUGAACUAGAAAAAAUUUCCGAAUUAUAUUAAAUUGUUCUCCUGGUAAUGCUGUAAAUAUAUAUAAAUUUAAUUUUCUUGGAAACACCUGUUUUACUCUUUGAUACAUUAAUAUAUCAUUCUUUUGUUUCUUCUUGAACAGUUGUGUGAAAGAUAAAUUUCCUAACUUGAUUUCAUAAUUAGAUGAAGUUACUAAUAAACAUCAGAAUUAUUUUCGAUUGCUGAACGUGGAAAACUAAUAAUCAGUGUUAAGGUUGGUAAAAUUAGCUUUCAGAACCUACUGAUUCUUUUUAUUCUAACAACUUUUCAAACUGUUUGCAAAACUUUGUUUUGCUAACUGUUUUGUUUUGACCUUUUUAGAAAUAUUUUCAAAACUAAAAACACAUACUAUCAUAUUUUGCUAAAUAAAACCAGAAUAUCAUAAAUCUAUAUACAUAUGAAGGGAAAAAAAAAAAAUUACGAACUUUUCAUGUUAUGGUUUCAAUGAUACAGAACCACUUAAUUUAUGUGAAAGUUAAAAUGUAAUUUAAACUCUUGCAAAGUAAUUGUGAACUUUAAUCCUUUCCAAGCAAAAUUUACCCUCAUUCAAACAUGUGUAUGAGAAAUGGUUAUUUUUGUCACUUUAUAAUUUAAGAAAAUUAAUUAGUAGGAAUGGGUUUUGAAACUGAAUGCUAAAAUUUUAUAGAUUUCAGUUGAAAUUUAUCUUGGAGAAUUUUUUAUUUUAUUUAGUGCCAAUCUAAAAUAAUGUUUAGGUACAGAUUUAUGCAGAGAUUAUGAAAUAUGAAUAUUGCUCAACCAGGAUUAUAAAAUUUGGAGGUCUUUUGCCAUUCGAGUAAUUUCUCAUACCGAGUUUAUAUAGUUUUUGGAUUGAAAUGUACUUUGCAGUAGAAUAGAUAGUUGUAUAUUAAAUUCAUUCUUCUCAUGUCUAUUUGUAAUUUAAAAUAAUAUUUGCUUACUUUUAUUUCAGCAAUGAUUAUGAAGAAAUGUAUAGAUUAAAUUUAUCUUUUGAAUUAGUUUUAAGAUUCAGAAUUGGUCUUAGAAAUUUACUUAUAUUUAGUUAAAAUUAAUCUUUGUUGGCCUUGAUUUGAUCUCUUAAUGUCAAGAAAUGUAUAAAUUUAAUUUUGUAUUUGUCUUGAUAUUUAUCUUUAUGAAUCACUUAGUAUUUGUUUUAUUAUGCACUUCACUUAACCUAUAAAAAUCUGAAUUUGUAUUGAGUCUUAAAGGUAAUAAGUUUUAUUGCUGUACAGGUAACAUGUAUCAAAUAUUGUAUAGAAAUGGUGAUGGCGAAGUGCAUUAUGAAAAAGGUUAUUUUAUUUUUAAAAAAUUACUUUAUGUUAUAUAUUAUGAAUUUAAAAUAUUCACAUGUAGCUAAAAUUAUAUAGCUCAAAAGUACAAUGUAAGAAGCUUUAAAAAUAAAUAUAUCCAUACUAGCA